CCUAGCUGCAGAGACACCCAGGAGCGCGGAGCGGGAAAGCGGGGUCGUGGGAGAGUCACCUCACCAAAAACUAAGGAUCAAUCCCUCGGGUAAAAGCUCAAAAUUCUAGCGAAAUGGCUCCGGACCAACAGGUUUCUGUAGGCAGGGAACGAUAAAUAGAUUGUAGAAGCGGUGAAAUGUUUGUAAAGCCGACCUACCAUCGCUACGCCUUAUAGGAGGAUACAUACUUUGAGAAUUGCAUUUUCCAAGACGGCGGCUAGUAUCUCUUAUCUUCUACCUCAAUUUCAACCCCUCCGUUUACAAUAAUGGCCCCAAUUAUGCAUGGCAAGGUGUUCACUGUGACAGGAGCCGCAUCCGGCAUUGGUCGAGCUACCGCGAUUCUGUUAGCAGAACAGGGUGCGGCUGGCAUCGCAAUCUGCGAUGUUAACGAAACAGGCUUAAAGGAGACUGAAGAAAGCUGCCGCAAAUUCGACACGAAGAUAACCACCCACAAAGUCGACGUCAGCAACGCGGAUAAUGUAUCGCGGUGGAUUUCAGACACAGUAAAAGAGUUUGGAAGGCUUGAUGGUGCAGCAAAUGUGGCCGGGAUAGCUGGAGGAGAUGGCGAAACAACGGUCCAGACAAUUGAACAACGCGACUGGGACCGAAUGAUAGGUGUUAAUCUAACUGGUGUGAUGUACUGCAUGAGGUCGCAGUUAGGACAUAUCGCGAAGCCCGGUGGAUCAAUCGUGAAUGUCGCAAGCGCUGCUGGUAUUCGUGGACUUCCAAACAGCGCAGCUUACUCGGCUAGUAAGCACGGUGUGAUUGGGUUAACAAGCUCUGCUUCCGGAGAGUUUGGGAAGAAAGGCGUGCGUAUCAACUCGGUCCUACCAGGUCCAAUCGAUACAGCAAUAUUCCGCGACGGCGAGAAGAAGGGUCUGUUCAUUGAAGAGGUUCAGGCUGGCGCUACCCAGCUAGGGCGCAUGGGACAGGCAAAAGAGAUCGCCAACGUGAUAGUAUUCCUCUUGAGCGACAGUGCCUCAUAUGUGACCGGAGCUCGUUGGACUGUAGAUGGAGGAUACUCGGCGUAGGAGCAUAUAGAUGGGCAACAAGCAUGUUGAAGGAGGAGGUAAAACAGACUAGCUCCAAUGGCAGUUUGCUCCCCUACCUAGAUCUCCUGCCGUUCUACACAUCGCCGUUAACCCAGCCGAGGCAACGCUGAGCCUGUGUCUGUGUGUUAGACACGUCACCCGUGUGCCCAUCCCCACCAUGGUGGUGUGAGAGUUGUGUUGAUUAUGCAAGAGUGGGCGAUAACUAGACGCUACUGACUAAGUAGCGCUAUACUGAAUUGAAGACAUC